GAGAUGCUACUCUACAGUUUGCAGCAGGCUGUUAAACACACAAUUACAGCUCUGCACUAGAGCACGCGGCUUUAAAAAAAAAAAAUGCUCGCACGCGACUGACACAGUAUAUCAUCCAUCCAUCAUCGCCAAUCAAACGUUGAUCCGGCGUUUUGCGCAUUUCUGAUUGGUUGAUUUACGAUUGGGGCGGGUGCAUUCCUGCCAAACAGCAGUGUGACUCCAGUGUUUUUCUGUGAGCCGCUGAUGGGGCAGAGGAAACACCGACUCACCUGGAGCUGGACUGUCCUCCACAGUGUUCCUGUUGAGACAGAGGCCAUUAAACCAUUAUGAAGAGUCUGAAGGCAAAGUUUAAAAAGACUGAGAGUCAGGACUGGAGUAAGAGUGAUGAGAGGCUCCUGCAGGCUGUGGAGCAGAACGAGCCCGACAAGGUCUCCGCUCUCAUCGUCAAAAAGGGCCUCUGCCCCACCAAGCUGGAUGCCGAGGGCAAGUCAGCGUUCCACGUCUGUGCAUCCCGAGGCCGGCUGGACUGUCUGGAGGUCAUCAUCUCUCACGGGGCAGACGUCACCGUCACUGAUGGCGCUGGCUUCAGCGCUCUUCACCUCGCUGCCAAAAACGGCCAAUCAGAGUGUUUGAAGAGACUCUUACAGGAGAGAUUAGCAGUAGAUUGCGUCGACAGCAUCGGGAGGACGCCGCUUCAUCAUGCAGCGGUCAGUGGCUGCUUGUCCUGCUCUGAGACCCUCUGGGAUUUUAAAGCCAGUCUGGAUGUCCAGGAUGGGGACGGGGAAACCCCUUUGAUCUUAGCAGCUCAGAUGAGCAGAGUGGAGCUGUGUGUCUUUCUGUUGGGUCGAGGUGCCAAUGUCAACAUACAAGACAACCAGGGAAGGUCUGCACUGAUGCUGGCGUGUGAGAGUGACGGCGUGGAGACCGUAGAAGCUCUACUGAGAGGCGGGGCCAACACGCAGCUGGUUGACUCUCUCGGACACAAUGCCAUCGACUACGCCACGGGCAACCAACGCAUCGUGCAAAUGUUGCAGGAUGGCGUACCUCCAGCUCCUGAGGGCGAGGAGCCCCCCCAAGUCCCCUCAGGCGCCUCAUCAGUGCAAGGGGGCACUACACCCCGCAAACGGAAAGCUCCUCCGCCGCCGCGCUCUCCUUUGCAGAUCAAGGGUUUGCCGCCCUCUCCACAGCCCAGGAGUCCUGCUCCGCCUGCCCGCUCCCCCGAGUCUCUCUCUCCCUCUCCCCAGCCUCCAGAGCAAUCAGCCCAGGCAGAGGAUGAGGAGGUGUUUGAGGAGAUUCGGCGGCUGCGUCUGGAGAGAGGUCGUCUGCUUCAGAAGAUCAAAGCCUUAGAGCAGCAGCAACAGAGCGCCCUCUCUGCCUUGGAGGAGUUGUCCCAACUAAAGCAGCGUCUAGAGGAGUCGGAGGCAGAAAGAGACAGGCUGCUUGAGGAGCUGAAGGGAGGUCAUGGCAUCGGGGUCAGUGACUCUGAGGACAUGGAUGAAAUGUUUGACUUCCCAGAGAAGCUGCUCUCCAAGCGCUCCAGAGCCUCCCCUCCUCAGGAUGAGGACACUUCUCAAGGAGACGCAGACUCAGCCAACCCCUCCCCUGUCCCCAGAGACCCGGGAACUGUUGCCGAGCUGCGCAAACAAAUAGAGGAACUUACCUCACAAAACUCCGAACUAGCUCUCAAAGUGCAGAUGCUGGAGAUGUUUGAGAAGGAUGACACAGACAUGCAGACCUCCAGCUCAGACUUUGUCCCCAUAGUUCAGUAUGAAACCCUGAGGAGGGAGUUUGAAGCCCUUCAGGAGCGCCUCUCCCAGGCUUCAGACGAGGCCUCCAGCGUGGCAGAGGAGCGUGGUGAUGAGAAGUCUCAGGAAGGAGGUGCGGGAGCAGGGAGUAUGGAGGCUCUGAAGAAGAAGCUGCUCCGACUAAAGGAGCAGUUGGCCUCCUCUCAGUCUGAGCUGGAGGAGCUGAAAGAGCAGAUGCGCCUCGGGGUGCUUUCUGUGGAGUGUGGUGAGACUGCCGCAGCAGGUGCUGGGGCUGCAGAGGAGGCUCCAGACCAGGAGCAGCUGAGAGCGAGGGUGACGGAGCUAGAGGAGGAGCUAGCUAACAGACAGGGCGAAGCAGCCGGUCAGAGCAGCCGGGACAGUGACACAAUCAAACAGCUGACAGAGGAAGUGGAGGAACUCCGCGCUGCCCUCUCCCAGUCAGAGUCUACAAAAGAAGAAGGACAAGAGGUGGAAUCAGUGAAGGGCCUCCAUGACAAAGUUGCUGAGUUGGAGGCAGUCCUGGCAGAGAGCAGAACAUCGGAGAAAGGGGGAGGAGCAGCAGGAGAUGGUCAGGUCCGUCGUCUCCAGCAGCGUUUGGGAGAGCUAGAGGGGGAGCUGAGGAGGAGUGUGCCCCGCACGGAGUUGGAGGAGGUGCAGGUGACUCUGGGGCUCCAGUGUGAGCAGCUGGCCCGGGAGAGAGUGGACGUGGCUAGAAGACUCAACGAUGCUCUCCUGGAUCUGGAGAGAUUCAGGCCUCCUCCACGCGGAGAUGAGGAAGAGGAGGAGGAGGAGGAAGAAGAGGAGGAGCAUUCAGAGAGUUCAGAGCCCUCAGGCAUAUCAGAGCACUCCAGACGCACCAUGGCAGCCGUGAGGGAGGAGCUGGAGGUGGCAAGGCAGGAAGCAGCCCAGGCUCUGGACUGCCUGUGUGCUGAGCGGGAGGGCCGGGCACAGGACGCCCUGCAGUUGAAUGGCGCAGUGCCGCUGUCCAAACAUAAGGAGUCGCUGUCUGCAGUAUCGGAGCAGCUAGCUCAGACGCUGCAGGAGCUCCAGGAGGAGAAGACUCUUCGAGGUCAAACUGAAGAGCAGGCAGCAAGACUAGAGGCCAAAGUGCAGGACCUGCAGGAUGCCAUCCCCAAAGAAGAGCAUGAGAAAGUCAAGGCAGAGCUGCAGCACUCCCUACAGGCCAGUGAGAGCAGUGCAGCAGCAGCUCAGGAGGCUCUGCAUGAGAAAGACAUGGAGCUGAGAGAGCUGAAGUCCCAGAAGGCUGCAGAACAGGGUCUGAUCUCCAAGGAGGACCACGAGGCCCUGCGGCUCUCUCUGCAGGCUGAGAUCAACGCCGCCGCUGCUCGUUUCAACGAUCUCACUCGCAAACAUGAGAAGACCUGCACUGAGGUGUUCCAGGUGCAGAGGGAGGCUCUCUUUAACAAGAGUGAGCGGCAGGUCGCAGAAUCCCAGCUGGCCACGGUGCAGCAGCAGCUGGCCGAGUUACAGGCCCGAUCCAGUCACAUCCAGGAGCUCCACAAGGGCAUCCAGGAUUCCCAAGGCCUGGUCAAGGAGAAGGACCGCAAGAUAACAGAGCUGUCCAAGGACGUGUUUCGGCUAAAGGAGGCGCUGGGAGCUCUGUCGCCUCCUCUGGGCUUCACCUCCUCUUCCUCCUCCUCAUCUACACACCAUGGUAACCCCGGGCAGCAAGUGGCACUGCAGAACAGGAUCGCCAUACUCACCCAGCAGCUCCAGGAUUGGGAGAGAAAGCACAAACAGGUGGUGACUGUGUACCGGUCGCAUUUACUGUCCGCUGUACAGGGCCGAAUGGAUGAAGAGGUGCAGGGUCUGCUACUCCAAAUCCUGAGGAUGUCAGAGCACGAACGCUGAAGCUCAUAACGUCUGCACGUCUCUCUCCACCUCCAGUCCCACUACAGGUCAGCAUGAAGAAGCUGCAGCUCUGCAACCUGUGGGACCACGCCAAAUACAACUGAGCUGUGUUCAGACUUAGCUGCAUGUGUACUAUACAGCAACUUAAACAACGAGUGAAAAGUGCAAAAGGGAAAUAGAAACUGUAGAGUGCCUUCAUGGCUGGAUGCGUGAAAUGACAGCAGCCUAUACGUCAGGGGUUUAUGAUAGCAGAAUGUGAAUAUUGAGUGGUUAUUUAGGAGUUAGAAUCAGGUGCAUUGAUUGUGUGAUGAGCCUAUGGAU